AUGAGCACGAGGAGAAGGAGACGUGCCGAGGAGCCCUCCUCUUCGGCUGCGGUGGUAGAGACGGCCAAGGGGGGAAAGGAAACAUGGUUUUGGGAGGCGGGCGGGAGAUUGGUGGAGACCCGGCCCGUGACUGCCGAGCCGAUGAGCGGGAGGAAGGCGGAAGAGGCGGAGGACGAGGAGUGGAUCAUCUCAAAUGAUGAUGCCCUCCCCCUCAUCCCGAGCAGCCGUCCUCUCCCUCUUAGAUGCCCCAAUUUCCCCCAGGGUGGAAGCAGGGAAGAGAUCUCAGAGUGGAACAAGGCCUGCCAUAGGGUGUACAAGCUGACUGCCAAUGAUCCUGUAACCCAUCCUCCUCUCCUGAGGGAGAUAAAGGAUGACUUUGACACUUCUAGUUCCACUAGUGACUUCUACUACCCAUCAGUAUCAAGACACAGGGAGAUGAUUGUUGGCUUAGAAAGAUCGAUUGUCAGCAUUUCCUCCACUAAGAAUGAUGGGUUGCCAAAAUGGAAGUUUAAUGGAAUCAUCAUUGGUCCAUCUGAGUCCGACGAGCGUGCUAGGAUACUGACCAGUUCUGCAACUGUCUGCAAUUAUAAAGGAAAACUCGAUCGCAAGGUCAUUAAGGACGGAGAGCUUUUGUUCUUUGAUGACCACUAUGGCCUUGCUAUCCUGGAGAUCUCAGUUGAUAUGCCAUUUCGGUGCCCUGCCUUCGUGUCAAGUCCAGAUUACGGAGACGAUGUCUUUGUAUUGACAAGAAAGGAAGACUCAUCAUUGAUGACUACGGCAGGGAAGGUCUUAUGGCACAAUGAACCCUUUUUGGGUCGCAACCAUUAUUUGUAUCUUAGCUGUGAGGAGCGUAUCUCAGGUGGAUUGGUAAUGGAUCGAGAUGGAUACAUUGCUGGAAUGACUUUUGAUUGCCCCAACCCAAAAACCGGCGUGCUUCCGGGCUUCAUUAUCAAGAAAUUGAUUGAAAUGGCAAGCAACUUUAGGUGUAUGGCUCGUCCAAAACAUGGUUUGUCUUUAAGAGCAGUGCAGUUUUUGGAUAUGUCAAGGAGGGAAGAAAUCUUAUAUAAACACAAAAUUUAUAGUGGUUACCUCGUCGAUGAGGUAGAAAUCAACUCCACUGCAGAAUUCAUUGGGAUCAGGCAUGGCGAUGUGAUCGUUUCAGUUAAUGGGAUUUGCUCUCUGAAUUUGCUAGAGUUGGAAGAGUAUUUUGUUUCUCUUGGCUGGAAGUUUUUGGAGAAGAAAAUUGAAUUAUCCAAGAUUGUUCUGAAGUUGAAGGUUUAUGACCCCCUUAACUGCCAAGAGAACAUUCUAUGCCUGCCUCUGGGAUUUGCUUGCCUUCCCGCAGAUCCUGUAACCCAUCCUCCUCUCCUGAGGGAGACAAAGGACGACUUUGACACUUCAUCUAGUUCUACGGGUGAUGUGUUGUACUCGGCAUCCUCAAGACACAGGGAGAUGGUUGUUGGCUUAGCAAGAUCGAUUGUCAGCAUUUCCUCCACUGAGAAUGAUGGGUUGCCAGAAUGGAAUUUUAAUGGAAUCUGGUCCAUCUGAGUUGGAUGUGCGUGCUAGGAUACUGACCAGUUCUGAAACUGUCUGUGAUUAUAAAGGAAAACUUGAUUUCAAGGUGCACUAAAUACUUACUGAUACACGCUUUUAGUUAACCUAUCUACUUCUUUGCUGUUAUUAGCUCUGCAAACAUGCCAGUCAGCACGACCUACCGGUAGCCAAGAGGUGGGACCCUCUUGUGCUGCCGCAUGGUAUCCUACGUGCCAAAAAAGACGGGAAAGCUGAGACUACGCCCUACUACAUUGCUCCACCUAUCCUCCACCCCUCAUCGUCCGUUAGUGCACACACGGAGCAAACAGCGUCAG